AUGACUAUUCUCGUUGGACUACCAAAGCUUGACAUUCAAGUGGAAGCCAUGAAAAUUUCAUCUGAGAUCAAUGGAGGAUUUUUAGCCUAUCAGAAGGAAUCAAACGAGGGAUUUGAAGCCCCUGAUAUUAAUGCUUUUGGUCACUCAUUCAGGGACUACGAUGCUGAAAGCUUAAGGCAGAAAUCAGUGGAGGAAUUCUACCGACUGAACCAUAUUAACCAAACAUGCGACUUUGUUAAGAAGAUGAGGGAGAAAUACUCAAAAUUGGACAGAACAGAAAUGAGCAUUUGGGAAUGUUGUGAGCUCCUAAAUGAGGUUGUUGACGAUAGUGACCCUGAUUUGGAUGAGCCCCAAAUUCAGCACUUGCUUCAAACUGCUGAGGCCAUCAGAAAAGAUUACCCAAAUGAGGAUUGGCUCCAUUUGACAGCUCUCAUCCACGAUCUUGGGAAAGUGCUUCUCCUUCCUAGCUUUGGACAGCUGCCUCAAUGGGCUGUUGUUGGUGACACAUACCCUCUUGGAUGUGCAUUUGAUGAAUCCAUUGUUCAUCACAAGUUCUUCGAAGACAAUCUUGAUCGUCACGACUCAAAGUACAACACUAAGAACGGAAUUUACCAAGAAGGAUGUGGCCUAGAGGAUGUGUUCAUGUCGUGGGGGCACGAUGACUACAUGUAUUUGGUGGCUAAGGAAAACGGAACCACUUUGCCGUCUGCUGCAUUAUUCAUAGUUCGAUAUCACUCAUUCUAUCCAUUGCACAAGGCUGGAGCUUAUACGCACUUGAUGAACGAGGAAGAUAAAGAGAAUCUGAAAUGGCUUCACAUAUUCAACCAAUAUGACUUGUAUAGCAAGAGCAAGGUUCGAGUUGAUGUAGAGAAAGUCAAACCAUACUACCUUUCUCUCAUAGAGAAGGUGAAGUAA